GCAAGCGCGUCAGGCCAUGACCGCGUCUAACCAGACCAAGCACGACAAAGAUCCCCAUUAGACCUCGACACACCCAUCCUACCACAUAGAGCUGUAGCGCGUUGUUACUAGCCAUGGCCCGUCGAAAAACUGUGGCGGCAGAGCCUGCUAAAUCUCCAGACGAACGAUCUCUUAGAAAACGGGCUGCUCCAAGCCAAGGACACGAAGCCUCCGAGGAGCCGACCGAAACAAAGCGCCGACGAGUCUCAGCUGCCACCAAAACAUACAAAACUGCCGAUUUGGUCGAUGAGCUCCCUAUUCACGAAUUAGGAGACGGACCACCUGUUGAAGAAGCUGCCCCGAUCCUGACGCCAAGGAAGCGAGGAAGGCCGCGAAAAUUACAAAAUGCUACGGCUACUGGAGAAAACACACCUACUCCUUCCAAGCCCCUGGCCAAUGCGACUAUAAAGACUCCAGUGAGAACUCCAGUCAAGGCAGGUGCUGUGAACGGUGUGGACACUCCCAGCCGGAGAAAUAUCGCAGAUCGUUCAGCAAGAAGGAAGAGUGCCAGGGCCUUGAUCGAUCGGGUGGUUGGUGAUGCUUCAAGCGACGAGGAAGAAGGCAACGAAGCUAUUGCAAGAGAGAUAUAUGAAUCCAGUGGCGAGGAUGAGGAUAGAGGAGAGGAGGGAGAAGGCAGCGAUGGCGAGCUGGAAGGGCUGCUCAGCACCACGGGCACUCCGUCAAAGACGCCGAGGGGGAGGAAAAGGAGGGCCACCACUCGAAAGAAAUCACCGACACCUCCCCGAGACCUGCCUCCGCAUGAACAAUAUUUCUACCACAAUAAGCCUGGCAUUGCCAAGACUUCGAAUAACGACCUGUCCUCGCUGGAUCUUCUGACACAUGACGAGUAUUUUGCCCUCCUACGCGAGUCCAAGGAUCAGCAUUCCGAGGAUAUACAGUUCCUUCAGUCUCUGCAUAUCGAGUCAUUCCCCCAGUGGGCUUUUGAGCUUUCACAGGGGUUUAGUAUCUGCCUCUACGGCUAUGGAUCCAAGCGACAGCUCCUGCGCAAGCUUGCCUCACAGCUCUACUCAAUGGCAGACGACCACGGCUCCCACAAGAUUGUGGUCGUGAAUGGGUACGUACGGGCGACGACGACGCGGGACAUCUUGACGACCAUCGGGAGCGCCAUCGAUCCAUCCUACAAACUAACAUCAGGUAAUCAUGUUACCAUGGUGCAAACCCUUCUAUCGUUACUCUCGUCUCGGGAAGUGACGAUAAUCCUUAUCAUCAACUCCAUCGACGCUCCCCAACUUCGCAAGGCCGGGAUUCAAUCAAUCCUAGCUCAGCUAGCUGCUCAUCCGCAGAUCAGGCUAGUCUGUUCUGCCGAUACCCCAGAUGUCUCCUUGCUCUGGGACAGCGGUCUCCGUUCAUCCUUCAACUUCCUCUUCCACGACUGCACCACAUUCGCACCCUACCUCGCAGAGAUGGACGUCGUCGACGAAGUCCAUGAACUCCUUGGCCGCAAGGCCCGGCGAGUGGGCGGGAAAGAUGGAGUAGCAUUUGUGCUCCGCAGUCUACCUGAGAAUGCCAAGAACCUGUUCCGGCUCCUCAUUAGCGAAGUACUCGUUGCGAUGGACGACGAGAGCGGCGCCGGCGGGGACAACCUUGGGAUCGAGUAUAGGAUGCUCUAUAACAAGGCUGUCGAGGAAUUCAUUUGCAGUUCUGAGAUGGCUUUCAGGACACUGCUGAAGGAAUUCCACGAUCAUCAGAUGAUUAUAAGCCGAAAGGACAUGCUCGGAACAGAACUCCUGAGUCUGCCUUUCAGGAAGGAUGAACUGGAAGCAAUAUUGGAGGACCUCAUGUCAUGAAACAACCCCAAGAGGCUCUGGGAAAUCGACCUACUGCGUAUGUGUUCAACCAUAUAUGUACGGACUUUGGUAGCUCCUCUUGGCACCCCACAAGGAUGGAAAGCAAGGGAUCCCAGGAUCCUGGCUUGCCUGGGAAGCUGGCGUGGGUGGCUGCCCCACCUACCCCACCAUGCCUGACGUAUUGUCCGCAGCUGAUGCAGGCAAGCUCAGUGAGGUACUUUGCCUUACGCAGU